AUGGUUCCGCUGCUCAUCUGCCUGGUGUGCCUCAUGGGCGGGUGCAUGUGGUGGCUGUGCCGGCGCUGCCUGCACUCCGGCUCCACCGCUAGCAAGGACUGGCCGCCCGCCACCUACGACGAGUUUAAAGACGUCCCUAGAAUCUGCCGCAUCCUGCUGUCCGUCUACGAGGAGGAUAUCAACAACCCGGUCUACAACGACCGUCUGGAGAUUAAUGACGUCGUGCGGCUCGCGGGGUACAAGGACACGCAGGGCCGGUGCCCGCCGUACGUGAUCUACGUGGACCACGCGGCGCGCGACAUCUGUCUCGCGGUGCGCGGGCUGAACAUGGCCAACUUCGCCGACUACCGCGUGCUGAUGGACAACCGCAUCGGCAAGCAGCGCUUCGACGGCGGCUACGUGCACCACGGGCUGCUCAAAUCCGCCGCGUGGCUGCUCGACCAGGAGAUGGAGACGCUCAACGCGCUCGCCGCGGAAAACCCGGCGUAUACGGUGACGCUCGCGGGGCACUCGCUGGGGAGCGGGAUUGUCGCGAUGAUGACGGUGAUUCUGCAUAAGAACCCCGACGAGGUGGGGUUUGAUAAUGCGCGGCUUCGCUGCUUCUGCAUCGCGCCCGCGCGGUCCACGUCGCUCAACCUCGCGAUUAAGUACGCUGACAUCAUCAACUCCGUCGUCUUGCAGGACGACUUCCUUCCGCGCACGUCAGCACCCAUCGAUAACAUCCUCGCGCUCUCCUUCUGUCUGCCAUGCAUGCUGUGCGUCAAGUGCUGCUGGGACUCGUGCGGGCUGUACAAGCGUCGCCUCAAGGACCCUCGCCGCCUCUACGCGCCCGGUCGCCUCUUCCACAUCCUCUACACCUCCGACUUCAGCUGCCAGGAGGAGGAGCCGCAGGUGAAGACCGCCGUACCGGUCGAAGACCGCUUUGAAAAGGUGGUGCUGUCCCGCACGGCCAUCGACGACCAUUCGAUCGUCAUCAUCGAGCGCCGAUCAACGGUGGCGGUGGAGUCUCUAGAGCUGCGGGAACAGGCGGAGCAGGAGGAGGAGAAGAAGACACCCCCGGAGCAGCAGCGCAUGAAGCGCUCUUCAACCAUGAAGGAGCGCCAGCAGCAGUACGCCCAGGCGCUUGAGCGCGCCCUCACUCUCCACGUGCCCGAUGCCGCCAGCGCUGAGGAGAUUCGGCAGCUGGUGGCUGCUGCUGAGGCGCGGGAGGAGGGGGUGAGUGAUAGGGCGGUGCAGGGGCACAGGGCAGAUAAAACGGGCGAGAAGGGAGAUAAGGGGGACAAGGGGGAGAAGGUACAGGUGAAGGAGAAAUCAGAAACGAUUGCACCUUCGCCAACAGCCGCAGCAGCAGCAGCAGCAGCAGCAGCAGGGGCAGUGGCAGUUGUUGCUGCUGUGGGGAUGGAAGGCGGCAAGGAGGCAGUGGGAGGUGAGAAAGAGGCGGAGAGGAAGAAGGAUGAGGACGAGACGAGCGAGAAGAGCGCCAAGAGCGAGACUCUGUCAGAGUUCUGGCAGAAGGAGCUGGAGGAGUUUCGUGAGAAGGAGAAACAAGCACUGCUGGAGGAAGAGCGGAAAGCCGAGGAGCGCGUGAGGCAGUUUGAGGAGCAGAGCCGUGCGGACAAGGCAGAGAAGGCGGAGAAGCGCCGAGCGGAGCAGACGGGAGGGGAGGAGGAGGAAGAAAAGGGCGAGGAGGCGGAGAGUCUAUCGGACUACUGGAGCAAGGAGCUGGCAGCGCUGCGGCGGCGCGAGGAGGUGGCGAUGGUGGAGAGGGAGGCGCAGGCGGCUGAGCGCAUCCGCGCGUUUGAGGAGAGGCAGAGGGUGGAGCGGGCGAGACGCGUCGAGGAGGGGGAGGCGGCCGAGCGGCUUUCGGAGUUCUGGGGAAGGGAGAUGGACGGGGAGAAGGGGGAGGGGGAGUGGGCGGAGAGGGAGGUGGAGGGCGAUGGGGAAGGGGUUGUAGGUGUGGGUGGGAAAGAGGGUGGUGAUGGUGCCGUCUCUGCUGCCACAGCGCCUGCCGCUGCCGCCGCCGCCGCUGCUGCUGCUUUUGCCGCUGCUGGUGCUGCUGCUCGUUCUCCUGCUGCUACGGCUGGUGCUCCCACAGCAGGGGGAGGAGGGGAUGUGGUGGUGGAGGUGGGCGAUGGGGCGGCGCGAGGCCCGGCAGAUGUGGCCAUCCAGGUGGAUGAAGGUACGGCGAUGCUACCCAAGACACCUCCACCUGCCACUGCCCCUGCCCCUGCCACUGCCAGUGCUGCACGUGCAGCUGGGGCUGGGGCCAAGGGCGAGAAGAGCGAGGCAGAGCGCGACGGGCAGCAGCACAGGCACGCACACUUGGGGCGGGCUUUAACCACCACACCGCAGCAGCAGCAGCAGCAGCAGCCGAGGGUGGAGGCUGCAGCAGCGCGGCAGCAGAUGGGGCGAGCGAUCACUGUAGGGUCAGGGCGAGAGAAGGAGGCAGCAGCAGCAGCGAGGCUGUCUGCAGGAGGGGCAGCGGCAAGGGGGGGGCUGUCUGCAGGGGAAGUGGGGGGGACGGGGGGGACCCUGUCAGUGAGGCAGAAGUGGGCGCGUAUAGUGGAUGAGUUGAUAGAUGCGGGGGAGGGGGAGGUGCACGGGGGCACACGCGACGCCGCCGAGGCUCAGCUUCGGGAGGCGCAGAGGAUCGGCAAGGAGCAGUGGCACAAGGCUCGGGCGGCGUUCCUGUCUGGUGUGGGUGGCCUGUCGAAGAAGGCCGGGAUGAACAUUGAGAUCUGA